UACCGAAGAUUACCACUCAGCCUCAAUUGCUUUUUAACGUCCUUCAACAUCGAGGUUUGUGGAGAAAAAAAACGAAGAAGAAGAAGAAGUUGUUGCAGAGAGAACGAGAAGAGAUGGGUGGAAGAAAGUUCGAGAUCAAGAGGAUAGAAAAUGAUACCAACAGGCAGGUCACUUAUUCGAAGCGACGAGGCGGUAUCAUGAAGAAAGCUUGGGAGCUCAAUGUUCUCUGUGACGCACAAGUUUCUCUCAUCGUGUUCUCCAGCACCGGCAAAUUCCAUGAAUACGUCAGUCCCUCCACAACAACAAAGAAGAUAUUUGAUCGGUAUCAGCAGACUGCUGGGGUCAAUCUCUGGCAAUCGCAUUACGAGAAAAUGCAAGAAAGAUUGAAUAAGCUGAAGCAGAUCAACAAUAAUCUCCGUAAAGAAAUUAGGCAGAGGACGGGUGAACACGAUCUGGAUGAUCUGAGCAUCGAGGAACUGCGCGAUCUUGAGCAAAACAUGGACAAUUCAUUGAAGAUUGUUCGUGAUCAAAAGUAUCACAGGAUCCAGACUCAGACGGACACUCACAAGAAAAAGCUAAGGAACUCGGAGGAAGCGAAUAGGAAUCUCUUAUACCAAUUUGAAGGGAGAGAUGAGGAUCUUGGCUAUGGCUUAGUGGACCAUGAAGGCCACCAUGAAUCUGAGCUUAGAGAGGCAAACGCAGGCUCUCACUCAUUUGCUUUCCACCUGCAUCCAAUCCAACCCAAUCUUCAGGAGGGAAGAAUUUAUGGAUUCCACGAUCUACGCCUUCCUUGAGUUGCAGUAGCCUUUCAGACGUAAUGU